CGGGGCAGUCGCCUUCCCAUUGGUCUGGAGCUACAGCAGACGCGCCUGAGAUUGACGGACGUUUGCGUCGCUCCCGCCUCCGAUCCCGGCGCGGCGCGCGAUUGGCUGUGGCUGCGGAGAGUCUUCGGUGCCUGGCCUGGGCGGCGCGGACGAGGCCUGAGGCGGCGGCGCGAGGCAGCAUGGUCUGAGACAGUGAACAUGGAUUUUUCUAGGCUACAUACAUACACUCCACCCCAGUGUGUACCGGAAAAUACUGGCUACACCUACGCACUCAGUUCUAGUUAUUCUUCGGAUGCCCUGGAUUUUGAGACUGAGCACAGAUUGGAACCUGUGUUUGACUCUCCGAGGAUGUCCCGCCGCAGCUUACGCCUGGUCACAACAGCAGCAACAUAUAGCAGUGGGGACAGCCAGGCUGUAGAUAUGCACAUCAGCACCAGCAGGGCCACCCCCUCCAAGGAGAAAGAAACCAGGACAGUCAGACAGCGCAGAAGUGCAAGCAAGCCAGCUUUUAGUAUCAACCACCUGUCGGGGAAGGGCGUGUCCUCCAGCACCAGCCACGACAGCUCUUGCAGCUUGAGGAGUGCCACGGUGCUGCGGCAUCCUGUGCUAGAUGAGUCUCUGAUUCGCGAGCAGACCAAAGUGGACCACUUCUGGGGUCUUGAUGAUGAUGGAGACCUUAAAGGUGGAAAUAAAGCUGCCACUCAGGGAAACGGUGAACUGGCAACAGAGGUGACAGCCAGUAAUGGAUACACCUGCCAUGACUGCAGAAUGCUCUCAGCGCGCACUGAUGCACUCACAGCCCACUCUGCCACCCAUGGGACCACCUCGACGGUUUACUCCAGAGAUAGGACUCUAAAACAGCGCGGUGCAUCCUUUUACCUGGAUAGGACUCUGUGGCUGGCCAAGUAUACCUCCUCGUCCUUUGCAUCAUUCAUAGUUCAACUUUUUCAAGUGGUUUUAAUGAAGCUCAGUUUUGAAUCAGAAACUUACAAAUUGAAAGGCUAUGAAUCCAGAGCUUAUGAAUCACAAAGCUAUGAGACAAAGAGCCAUGGGUCAGAAGCCCAUCUCGGUCACUGUGGGAGGAUAACUGCCGGAGAACUUUCCAGAGUGGACGGGGAGUCCCUGUGCGAUGACUGUAAGGGGAAGAAGCACCUUCAGACACACACAGCCACCCACUCGCAACUGCCCCAGCCACACAGGGUGGCAGGGGCCAUGGGUCGCCUCUGCACCUACACAGGUGACCUCUUGGUUCGAGCACUACACAGGACCAGAGCUGCUGGGUGGUCUGUGGCUGAGGCCAUAUGGUCGGCGCUCUGGCUGGCUGUUACUGCUCCAGGGAAGGCAGCCUCUGGAACCUUCUGGUGGCUAGGGAGUGGAUGGUACCAAUUUGUUACUUUGAUUUCUUGGCUGAAUGUAUUUCUUCUUACCAGGUGCCUUCGAAAUAUAUGCAAGGUUUUUGUCUUGCUCCUCCCACUCCUACUUUUACUAGGUGCUGGUCUCUCCCUAUGGGGUCAGGGCAACUUCCUCUCACUCCUACCAGUGCUGAACUGGACGGCCAUGCAGCCAGAACAGAGGGUCAGUGAUCCCGAGGACGUGCACAGACCUGGCCCUCUUCCCCCCAGUCCACCUCUGAAGGUUGGUUAUGAGGCUUCCCAGUGGCCUCAGGAGAGUGACAUGGGACAGAAGGUAGCCUCUUUGAGUGUGCAGUGCCACAACCACGGUGAGAGACUUGCAGAGCUGACGGUCCUGCUUCAGAAACUCCAGAUGCGGGUGGACCAAGUGGAUGAUGGCAGGGAAGGGCUGUCACUAUGGGUCAAGGAUGUGGUUGGACAGCACCUGCAGGAGAUGGGCACCACAGAACCACUUGGUGCUAAGACGGACUUCAUGACUUUCCACCAUGACCAUGAUGUGCGUCUUUCCAACUUGGAAGAUAUUCUUAGAAAACUGACAGAAAAAUCUGAGGCUAUCCAGAAGGAGCUGGAAGAAAGCAAGCUGAGAGCAGGCAGCAGAACUGAAGAGCAGCCCCUCCUAGACCGUGUGCAGCACUUAGAACUGGAGCUGAACCUGCUGAAGUCACAGCUGUCAGAAUGGCAGCAUCUGAGGACCAGCUGUGAGCAGGCUGAUGCCCGCAUCCAAGAGACUGUGAGACUCAUGUUCUCUGAGGAUCAGCAUGGCAGCUCCCUCGAGUGGCUAUUGCAGAAGCUUUCUUCUCGGUUUGUGAGCAAGGAUGAGCUGCAGGUGCUUUUACGUGACCUUGAGCUGAAAGUGCUGCAGAAUAUUACACAUCACAUCACAGUGACAGGACAGGCCCCGACAUCUGAGGCCAUCCUGUCUGCCAUGAACAAGGCAGGGAUUUCAGGAAUCACGGAAGCGCAAGCGCACAUCAUUGUGAAUAAUGCUCUGAAGCUGUACUCCCAAGACAAGACUGGGAUGGUGGACUUUGCUCUGGAGUCUGGAGGUGGCAGCAUCCUGAGUACUCGGUGCUCCGAGACCUACGAGACCAAGACGGCACUGCUGAGCCUGUUUGGGAUCCCACUGUGGUACUUCUCACAGUCACCUCGUGUGGUGAUUCAGCCCGACAUCUACCCAGGGAAUUGCUGGGCAUUCAAAGGCUCCCAGGGGUACCUGGUGGUGCGGUUGUCCAUGAGGAUCUACCCAACCACGUUCACCGUGGAACACAUUCCAAAGACGCUGUCACCUACUGGUAACAUCUCCAGUGCCCCCAGAGACUUCGCAGUCUAUGGACUGGAAACGGAGUAUCAGGAAGAAGGGCAGCCUCUGGGACGGUUUACCUAUGACCAGGAAGGGGACUCGCUCCAGAUGUUCCACACACCGGAAAGGCCUGACCAAGCCUUCCAGAUAGUAGAGCUCCGGGUUCUGUCCAACUGGGGCCACCCUGAGUACACCUGCCUCUACCGCUUCCGAGUCCAUGGAGAACCUGCCCAGUAGAGCACUCCACCCUUGUACAUGUCUGUAUAUACCAAGACACCAUAACACUGGAACCCUUUGGAGAAGAGUGCACGUGAGCAUAGGAACUUGUCACCCUUCAAUAAAUGUGUGAUGGCCAUGAGGACAUGUUGGGUCCUCUGAGGCUGUGCGUGUGUGCUCAGGGCCCAAAAGCCUGAUGGGCUCUGUGGAUUCAUUUGAAUGUAUGGUUCUUAGACACUCCCUUUGAUUGGGGAUUUGCUUCAAUGCAUAAAAUCAGAAAACAGAAUCUGGCAGGUUCCAGGCUCCUGACAUGGAGGCCAAAAGCUCUGCAUUGGCUCUCCUCUAGACGUCAGGAAGGCAAAGUCCCAUCUGCUAAACCCACACAUUUCUUUCAGGGUAAACUGCUGCUCCAUCUUCAUCUGACCUCUUCCAGGUUCCCUGGUGAGGAGAGGCUGGGUAUGUCCUGGGCUGUCUGCUCUUAGCUGGGGCUCUUACCAUUCCCCAGAGGAGUGGAUUGGACUUUUGCUGAGGGCGAGACUCAACAGGGCAGUGGGGGUACACACACUAUAAAUGGCGUUCUUGAGUCUUAGCUGGGCCAUUACUGGUGGGAUUCAUUCACAGUACGGACAGGAACCUCUUGAUGUCACCCUCUGGUGUCCUUGAUCUGUGUUAGGCUCUGCUGAAGAGGAAACACUAAGGUGCCACCCUAUCUGGUGGUGCUGAUGACUGUCGCUCUUGGUCUUUCUCACAGCAGCACUUUCUGCUGCUCUUGGGUUUGCCUCUGCGCCAUUAUUGGACCUUCUCACCUGACUGGUUAUAAUUAAUAUUUAAUAUUUAGAUUAUUUUGUGAGCAGACUUUAUAACUGAUCAUCUGGACACUUGAAGUGUUCAGACGUUUUACAUAAAGAAUUGUUAAGUUUCAGGUUAGAAGGUCUUCGCAGAACAUAAACUCCCUUGCUGGGGCUCGGAGUUGGGAUUUAGUGCAUGUUGCAGGCAGUCCUUGAUACAGUGCCCCAAAGUAGCACAUCCCACUCUGUAGGGUUAUCACCACUGCCUGUAUGGUCAGGUGAUAUGCACACGUUUUGCAUACUGCAGGUUACACGCAGAAGCAGAAUUUCCUAUAUUAAACUAAAUUGGGACUUGGGGGUGGAGAUAUUUUGAAUAUUUAUUUUUAAAGAUGCAAGAUAGGACUUUGUGCAAUGUAUUUUUGUAAAUGCUUUUCAGAACAUUUGUCUUUGGUAGUACUUAUACUGCCACCAAAUUAAGAUGCUAUUGAGAUGUUUAAAUAAAAGAGUUAUAAUUUUUAAAAGUGCAUGUGCUAUUUCAAGUGAAUAAUAAAAGUGUGUAUUUCUUUUCUCA